AUGUCAAAGAAUUAUUACCAAAUAUUAGGAGUUAGUCCAGGUGCUACCCAAGAAGAAAUAGCAAAGGCUUACAAAAAAAUGGCUCUAAAAUAUCACCCCGAGCGAAAUCACGUCGGUGAAGCAUAUGCUGUUUUAUCAGGUAAACAGGAGUCUGGUUCUUCUAACAAAUUUAGUUCAGAUGCUGAAUUUGAAAAGUUUGAAGAAAUGUUGAAAGAGGUAAGAAAGCAAUUUAACGAGACAGAAAGGGCAUUUAAUGAAUAUGAAGAGAACCGUAGGCAGGAAGAAGAAACAGCUCGAAGUGAAGCUAUACGGAGUAUUGAAGAAAGUUUAACCUCAUCUAAUGUAUCUAUUUCUGAGUUGGAUUCUAGUUUAUGGUCUCCUUAUAAAAGUCAAACUCCUGAACAGCAAGUUGAAAUUCAAAAAAAGCAAUUAAAGGCUGGCAAAAAUACAGAUACUUCCGAAAAACAAUCAAAAUUACAAGCAAAAUUAGAGAAAUUAGAGAAAUCCAAGUCUAAUGUUGACAAUAGUAAAGGUUCUAGUAAUAUUUAUAGCAAAGAAAAGAAAAAAAGUGAAAAAAUAUUAAAUAUAAAUCUCAUGUCAAGUCCUAAAAUCAAAUUAAAAAGUGGUGAUAAAGUAAAAGUUAUUACUGGAAAAUACCGGGGAACAAUCGAUUUCAUUUCUCGUCUGGACCCAAAAAAACAGAUGGUCUAUUUGAAAAAAGUCAGCCGCAAAAAAUAUGAUAAAUCAACCCCCGAAAGCAAGAAAAAAAGCGAAUUAAAGGAAAUCAUGACUCCUGUUUAUAUUUCAAAUGUCGCUUAUUGA